AUUGUUAAUUUAACAGUCAUAUAAAACAAAUAGCUAGGUUGCAUUUGAUGAUCUGAUUUCAGAGAGACAAAGAAAAUGAGAAGAGUGUUGCAAAACCCUCCCACUCUGCUUGCUUCAUCGGCAACACUUCACUUCUCCAAACCACUUCUCAUCACAUCACUCAACAAAUUUAAACCACUCUCAAAGAACCCAUCUUUGAGAUGGCUUUUCACUUCCACGUCUCUCCCACCUCCCGAAUGGAUAGACCCAUUCAUAGACCUCUCCGACAUACCCUCAACAGCCCAUCAAAACCUCCACCCCUCUCCAUGGCUCACUCAAAUCCUUAAUCUUUUAGACGGAUCUUCAAAUAUGGAGUCAAAUUUAACUUCUUUUUGUGACAAGUUCUUGAUCAAGUUGUCCACCACUUUUGUUUCGUUUGUUUUGAGGUCAAACGAGGUUCAAAAGAACCCUGAUGUUGCACUGAGGUUCUUUUCUUGGGCUGGUAAGCAAAAGAAAUACUCUCAUAAUCUUGAAUGUUAUGUUUCUUUGGUUGAUGUUUUGGCUAAUAAUGGUGGUGUUGAUAGUGUUAAGUUGGUGUUCAAUGAGUUUAAAGAAAUGGGGUUUUUGAUGAAUGUUUAUUUGUCUAAUUCUUUGAUUAAAAGCUUUGGUAAUUUGGGGAUGGUUGAGGAGGUUUUAUGGGUGUGGAGGAAGAUGAAAGAGAACGGGAUUGAGCCGAGUUUGUUUAGUUUUAACUUUCUGCUUAAUGGUUUGGUUUGUUCUAAGUUUUUUGAAUCUGCUGAGAGAGUUUUUGAGGUUAUGGAGAAUGGCGUGAUAGGACCGGACGUUGUUUCGUAUAAUAUAAUGAUUAAAGGGUAUAGUGAAGUCGGGAAGACGCAAAAAGCUUUUGAGAAAUUUAAAGCUAUGGAGUUGAGAAAUGUUGCGCCUGAUAAGAUUACUUAUAUGACUUUGAUUCAGGCUUGUUAUGCGAACGGAGAAUUCAGUUCGUGUUUAGGUCUUUAUAAUGAAAUGGAUGAGAAGGGUCUUGAAAUUCCACCUCAUGUGUAUAGUUUAGUGAUCGGAGGGCUUUGUAAAGACGGGAAACGUGUGGAAGGAUAUACUGUCUUUGAGAAUAUGAUUUCGGAGGGCUGCAAAGCAAAUGUUGCGAUAUAUACGUCGCUGAUUGACGCGAAUGCAAAAUGUGGUAAUAUGGGAGAGGCGAUGUUGCUUUUUGAGAGGAUGAAAAGGGAGGGGUUUGAACCGGAUGAAGUUACUUAUGGGGUCAUUGUUCAUGGCUUGUGUAAGAGUGGGAGAUUCGAUGAGGCUCUGGAGUAUAUGGAGUUUUGCAAUGGUAAUGGGGUGGCCGUCAAUGCGAUGUUUUAUUCCAGUCUUAUUGACGGGUUGGGCAAGUGUGGGAGAGUGGAUGAAGCUGAGAAAGUUUUUGACGAGAUGGUAAAGAAAGGAUGCCCGCCGGAUUCAUAUUGUUACAAUGCCCUUAUUCACGCCCUCACCAAGGGUGGUAAGACUGAUGAAGCAUUAGCACUAUAUAAGAGAAUGGAGGUGGAUGGCUGUGAUCAGACAGUUUAUACAUAUACAAUACUCAUAAGCGGAUUGUUUAGAGAACACAGAAACGAAGAGGCGUUAACGCUGUGGGAUGCAAUGAUUGAUAAGGGGAUCACACCGACUGCAGCUGCUUUCAGGGCUAUGUCAACCGGACUUUGUCUAUCUGGCAAGGUAGCCAGAGCUUGUAAAAUUUUGGACGAGAUGGCGCCUAUGGGUGUUAUUCCUGAGACGGCCUUUGACGAUAUGGUCAAUGUACUAUGUAAAGCUGGCCGUAUAAAGGAGGCAUGCAAGUUGGCUGAUGGGAUUGUUGAUAGGGGCAGAGAUAUACCGGGACAUGUUCGCACUGUUCUGAUUAAUGCAUUAAGGAAAGCUGGCAAUGCAGAGUUGGCCUUGAAGUUGAUGCACAGCAAGAUAGGCAUUGGGUAUGACAGAAUGGGUAGUGUUAAGAAACGAGUGAAGUUUCGGAUUCUCAUUGACAGUUGAGUUUUCUGCUGGAUCUUAGACUCCAAGAUCCCACAAAUCCUAUCCGAGACGGCCUUUUUCUCUCCACCAGCCUACAAAUUAUGUGCUGUCCAUAACGAUCUAACAAUAGAAGGAGACCAGAAAUCCACACUCAUCUUGAACAUAGAAAGAGACCAACAGAGCGGACAGUAGAGAAAUGAGGAGAAAAUGGAACCUUACAGCAGGAGAAAUAUGCGAAGAACGAAAUUUGCAUAAGCUCCAUGACGAGUGAUGUAUGAGGUGUUUGACAGAAACAUUGUUGCUGUUCAUAGUGUAUGAUGGAAGGUGAAAUCUGGUGAAGCAGAAGAAUGAGUUUAGUGUGGAGCAGUGAGUGGAUACAAAAGAUAACAUCUGGGAGGUAGUGUAUUGUUUCUCCAUGUCUGCAUGAAGUUUGAUACACAGGGACAGGAAGUAUUGAGUUUCGAAUUAAUGAUCAAAGAUCAAAAUAAUCAUAUGUAGGAUUUGUUUUGGUUGAAGGUUAGAAAUGACCGUAAAAAUGAGAAUAGAAAUACAAAUACGAUUACUUUUCAUAUAUAUUAUUUAUAAUAAUGUGAGAAUGAGAAUCGAUUUAAUUUUCGCAA